CAGCUGAAGGCAUUGAGUCCACCUGGCCUCGUCGAAUCAUGGUUAGAAAGAGAACUGUUCGGCAAGGUGGUGCAAUCCAUAACCUCCCCAUCCUUCCACCACUUCCAUCAGUAAUUUCUGCCUUAGAGAAGCGCCGCCCACAUUCCCAUCUCCAUUUCCGUCCAGGCCAUCACUCAGAGAACCCGCUUUCGACAGAUCUUACAAUUUUUACAGGGCGCUGCUCACUAAAAGAGCCCCCCCAUCAAGAAGAAGUACAAGGAGCAAAUUUAGUGGGCAGAGCGUCCCUGAAAGAGCAGAACCUGGAGCACUGGAGGGUCUACAGAGACCAGGAAGAACUCUGGAGAUGUAAGACCAGGGAGAAACAAGGCAAUAAGACUGAGAAUAAUGAUGAGAAAGAGGGAACAGAACAUGUCGGGGAAAUUGACAAGAGCUAUGAUCAAAUUAAAGAGAAUGUAGUAAGGGCAAAGGCUACAGCUGGGAAGCAACUGGUGGAAGAAGUCAAACAAGACCAGAUGAAAAUGAGCUCAGAACAAAAAGCUCAAGAAAGUGGAAACAAAAUCAAAGAAGUAUUAGAAGAAAGGGAUAAUGAAAUAAUCUGCGAGAAAAUGGAAAAGAGAACUAUUAAAGAUAGAAAACAAGAGGAACAGUCUCAAACGGUGGAGGUGGUGGCACACAUAAAGCAUGAAGGUGUGGUGGAAGGAGGAAUUAGAGAAUCCUUUGGAGAGGAGCAUGAGAUGGAGAGUUGGGAUUCUGUGCUCGAGAUGGUAAACACUAUAUGGGAUGAUGGCUGGGAGAAAGGAGCAGCAGGAGGUGACACAGAUUCUUUAUCAGGUUCUCUCCAACGUUGGCCUCUCCUUCGGCCCCCGGUCGGCUUUGGAGGCUCCCAUCCCCCCUCCUCUGCAGCCUCUGAGCUCAGCUUGACAGAGUUAGAGAGGAGAGCGAGAGAGCUGGAUUCUGAUUUGGAGCACCUAGAUCUGUCUCAGAGCCAUGGGGACACCAAGGAUUUAUACCAAACACCGCUGGAGUCUCAAAAGGAGCGGGCUGACAUGUACCAAACACACCCCAGGCCACAGAGAGAGAAAGGGUCUUUCUCGACAGGAGUGGGGAGCAGGUCCCAGGUCAGUCUUGAGUUCAGUGCCAUGGUAUUACCAGUUAAUGACAAAGACAAAGAUACUGCCGGGUGGUCAUUAAAAUCUCCUGCUGGCACCACCACAGUGGGCACAAGCCCCAAUAAAGAGGACAGCUCUCCAGACUCCAACCUAACGCUGGAAUCUGACUCCAGUGGUGUCUUUCUCUCGUUAUCCAAUCAGAGCCAGGAGGGGGAUGGCUCUGACAGCGACCAGCCAGUCAGUGGCUCCGACCUAGGCAGCAGCAACACAUCAUUGGAGAAGGACGGGGAUGAUGGAGGUUUAAAGGAAUGGGGCCGAGAGGAGAGCGCUGAACUCCAGUGGUGCUACCCCUCACUGCUCAGCACAACCCCUCAUGAAGACGUGGAAGGAAAUAAGGAAAGAGAGGGGGAUAUUUGUGGCUCAGCAGGGGGAGAGGAAAUUAGAGGGAAACAUGGGGAUGGAUGGAAACAUGAAAAAGGAGGACUAUUUUCAACUUAUAAGUCCACACUGGACCAUACAGAAACAAGUCAGUGUGAAGCAAUGCCACCGAGAAGAAAAGUUACCAUAAUGGGAAAUGACCCCCUUCUUCCGCCAUCUCCCUUGAAGCAGACCAUCAAACAUCUUAUUGAUCCUUAUCAUAAGCCAAUUAGAAGCUCAGGACUGGACUGUGGUGACAUAGAUCCAUUCGCCCAACCAGAUAGCUUUGUAUAUCUUGCUGUGUCUGCAAGACCUGGCCCACAUGGAGAGAUCUCCACAGUUACAGAUUACUCAGCUCAUGACAUAAAGCAAGAGCGCAUACGCCAACACUUUGACCACAGGAAACCACACUUGGACCAGUCCAACUUGGAACCGGAUGCCAGGCCAUCUCACCUUGCCCCCCGUAAACCAGAAGAAGGAGAUUUUUUGUGCACUGACAGCUUUGUAUACCUAGCUGCUCCAGCUUGCCUUCUCUUAGGCCCAGAAGGAUCUACGUCAUACAGUGGCAGGGAGUCAGACUCUGAAAGUUCUGGUUCUGACCCUGUGGAUGAGUCUGUUUUGGGUUGCGGUUCAGUGGGAGGUGACAGUGAUUGGGACUCGGAUCUGUCCGAUUCGGGUGCCAGUCGCCCCUCAAGAGUUGCUGCUGCAGGGGGUAAAUCUGCCGGGUUAGCCAAAAGGCUGCCAGCAGAGCCUCGUUGGGACUCAUUUGGAGAAACCACAGAACCUGAGGUGCCAGACGAGCCCUUCAUUGAACAAGACCAAGACAGCAAAGCAAGGAAGGCAAACUUGGCCAAUGCACCUGCUGCAGCAACAGUGACGCCAAUGACAGCAGCUGAGCAGUCGUCAACAACCAAGGUUACUUGGCAGUUCAAACCAGCCCAGAGGUCCGUCUGCACUGGAAGCAGGAAAGAGAAGGAGAUUAAAUCAUUAUCAUCAUCAUCAUCAUCAGGGGCAAGGAUAACUGCACUUGAUGGAGGUGAGGAGCAUCAGCCUCCCCCUUCGUCUUCAUCAUCCUUAUCAUCAUCGCCAUCAUCCUCCUCUUCUGGUUAAACCUGGGCCUUUGGGAGGAGCUUUCAUCGCCCAAGCUGAGUUGAUUCCAAAAAGGUAGAGAAGUUCUUCAACUUUCUCUGUAGAACUGAUGGCUUGAACAAUCACAGCCUCUUUUUUUUGCCUGUAAUCUUUUCUUUUUAGUCGUUUUUACCAUUGCCUUCUUACGACUUUGCUAAAUAAAGCUGCAUAAAAGCUAACCAAAUGAGAUUACAAUAUAGUAUGUGAUGAAUUCAAUCAAAAGACUACGAGAGACUGUGAGGAAAUACAGCCAGUGAAGGUUUUUACUGAAAGAAAUGCACAGUGCUUUUCAAAAUUAAUGAUAUCUAUGGAUACUUUCCAGAAUUCAGGGUUGGCCUAUUGCAUACAUUUUCACAAUAUUCUCUUUUUAUUAUGUUGAAUGUACUGUACAUACAGGAUUACAACAACAAUCCACUAC